AUGUUCCUAUUGUUGUCGAUCCUAUUUGGAGUAUUAAUAUUCUACGACUUUGUCUACAAAAGGCGACAGUAUCCUCCAGGACCAUUACCGUAUCCUUUGGUGGGGAAUCUGAUAGAGUUAAAGCGUCUGAAUUACUACGAUGCGAUUCUGAAGUGGAAGCGAGAGUACGGUCCUAUAUUCACGUUUUGGAUGGGAGAAGUGCCAGUGGUAUGUUUUUCUGAUUAUGAUACGAUACAAGAGACGCUGGUAAAAGAGGCUGAUGUGUUUGGAGCUAGAUUUACAUACGGAAGGAUGUCAACUCUAAUUAGAGAAGGUAUGCCAAUUUUAAUUGUAACUUAUGACAUAUUAUAGUAGCUAAGAUUACAUUGCACCGCGGCUAUAGACUGUAUCAUUAGCUUAAUUAUAUUGUAAUAGUAUAACCGUCUAAUAAAGUCAGGUACUGCUCUAAAAAAUAGCCAUUUAAAAAUUUUUAAAGUAAUUGUUUAGCCACAGAAGUAGGUAUGGUCGAUGUAAGUGACCGUGACAUAUACCAAGACCAACGAAAGUUUUUACUGCGUACUUUCCGAGAGUUCGGUGUUGGAAAGAAUAUUAUGCAAGAGAAAAUACUAUUAGAAUGCUCACAUUUACAUAACGACAUCAAGAAAGAACAAGAAGAAAUGGGGUCAGUAGAAGUCAUAUACAGAAUGGACGACAUGGUGGGAUCAAUCAUAUGUGGGAUAUUGUUUGGACGGCGAUAUGGAGAGGUAGACACAUUACGUUGCUUUACCCUACCCUACCCUAUCCUAUCCUACUUUAGCCAUACAUUAACUGCAUCUUACAGAUAUCGUAACCAUACAGUAUUCUUUUAUAACCUUAUCCUAGAAAUACCUCGCUGUAUCCUAGCUCUACCCUACCAAACCUUAAAAUACCUAAACUUUUAGGACCCACUCGACUACCAAUUCAAAGAAGUCCUAACAAGCCACAUGCAACUCUUCAUCCACCCCUUAUCACUGAUCUACAGUUUCUGUCCAUUUGAAUUUAUCGCUAAUUUAUGGCCGAUGAGUUGGGCCAGAGACAAAGCCUACAAAAAUGGCAUGUUUCUUAUGAAUUUUCAUAGGAAAGAAAUUGAAAAACAUGAAAAAAAGUUCAAAGAAGGUCUGUUGCCAAGUGAACCAGAGGACUUGGUCGACGCUUUUUUGUGUGAAAUGUACAAAAGUAAUAAGAAUGGCAAUUAUCAGUAAGUUUUUCAUACUUAAAAGCUUGUUUGGGGUAUAUUAGCUAUGAAAAAUAUGGUAAUAUACAUUUGUAUGUGAACCCUUAAGACCUACCAUAUAAACUGUAACUAUAAACCACUAAAAGUCAAAUAAAAUUAAAAUUUUCCAAUCGAAAACAACUGGAAAACCUGCUGUUUGACGUUUUCAUAGCCGGCCUAGAAACAACGUCAAAUACCAUCGGCUUUUUGAUCAUUGAAUUACUUCGAAAUCCAAAAAUUCAAGGUAAAAUACAUGAAGAGCUGGACAAAGUGAUAGCGUCAGAUCGACUGAUCCAAAUGGUCGAUAAACCCAACUUACCGUAUGUCAAUGCAGUAAUCUUAGAAGGCUUAAGGCAUGGUAAUGUCUUGGCUUUGAACUUGAUGCACAAAAAUGAUAGAGAGAUUACUGUAAGAGGACAUACGAUACCACAAGGAAGUUGUGUACAACCUUUGAUAUGUGCUGUUAUGUACGAUGAAACGGUAGGUUGUUUAUAGUGAUUACUGUGCUUAUAUACCUAUUUUUGCUUUUUUACCUUAUAUGCUAAAAACAGCCUUGCCAGGCCUAAUCAAACUCAGCUCACUUUAAUGUUCCCCUUCGCAUCUAUAUCUUCUUUAUCCUAUCAUAACAUAACCUACACUCUUCACAGUACUGAACUCUUUAACUUUUUAAAAAUUACCUUUUUCAGCUAUUUCCAAACCCAAAAACUUUUGACCCGACCAGAUUUAUCGACAAAAAUGGCGCUUUAACGUGUGACCAACACGUACUAGCCUUCUCAGCUGGUGCACGACAAUGUAUUGGUAAAAACCUAGCAAUGACUGAAUUGUUUUUAGUUAUGGCUAACUUGUUGAAUCAAUUUACGGUAGGUCAACCAAGAAUUAAGCCUAAAAUCCAGUAAUUACCGCAGUAAAAAUCUUGUACCACAAACUUUUAUAUGAACAUCUAUAACAAUAUGCCAAUGUUUGUUAUCAUAUUAGUUUCUUCAAAUAAUUCCGUGCCCCAUAUCAAAGCAAAUCUUAAGGGUUAGGGGCUCAUAAUUAGUUGAACAACCUAAUAUAACAAAAAAGCUUUUAAAUCCCCGAUUAACGUUUAACAUGAUAUAAUGAGACAAAUUGCAGAUAGAAUGUGUGAACUCAUCAAAUCCGCCAUCAACUUUUAAGAACGUUGGGGUUACCUCAUCUCCAACGCCGUUUAAAGCCAUUUUUAAGUCCAGAUUUACCUAA